GAGGGAGGAGAGGAGGAAUGGUGUAAGCAGAGGAGAGAGGGAGAGGUGGUGCAGUUGAGCCAAGCGCAGGAGUCCGGACUGAUUCAGUGGGGAGCAGAACGGAGGUGACAGCGGAGAAUGGAGAGGAGCCCGUCCGCUCGGCGAGCUUUGACCGAGGAGAACCCGCUCGGUCCUUCCCUUCUGGAGCCAGCGCGCUGAGAGACACCGGGGAGGAAUUAGCUGGAAGGGGGGGCGCAGAGGAAAGGAAUGGCUGAUCCUCUGCGGAGGACUUUACUAGCAAAACUACGGGGGAAGAAGUCCAAAAAAGGAGCGACGCUCAGCGGUGGAUACGGGUCUGCUGCGGCGGCGAAUGGGGGCCGAGAAGGUAAAGAAAAAGUUUUCCCCGCGGAGGCUCGGCCGGUAGCUUUGCUCUCGGGGCUGGAUUUCACCACGGAGAGAAUGAGCACGUACGAGAAUUGCGUGGAAGGAGCGCUGGCGCACGCAGAGGGGGCCACCACGGCCCCGGGGAGCCGCGCAGCGGAGGUGGCUGGCUCACGUCCCCAGGAGCCCAGCGGCGGGGGCAGGGUUCACGUUAAUGAGCGGCUCCUCGGGGUGCCACUUCAAAGGGACGCGCAGUUUGGUGGGAACGCAUGCAGGGGGGAGGACCGGAGCCCCCGGGAGCCCAGGCCGGCGGGGAUCUCACUCGGGGGGCCACAUGUGCAGAUAAAGCGCAUCGUCUCGGCGCCGAGGCAGCGCAGCGUGGGGGAUUCGAUCGGCUUCGGGGACAGCUCCGGCCACGCGUUGCACCGGGCGCAGGUACGCGCGCAGGCGGGGGCGGUCAGAGCAGCCGUGGCGUGGGUCGCUGACGGCGACGCGCAGGAGAUCGGGGGCCGGGGACACUCCCGGCACAUGGCGGGGACCGUAGUAGCAAAUCACGCCAACGGCACCGGGGACGUUGACAGCGACGCGCGGGACGCUCCCACGCGGAGUCGCGUGCGUCCAAACUCGGAGGAGAAUGUUUUAAUCAGAAGCAUUGAAAGUUAUGAGCCGGGCUGUGCGAGGCUGAACGGAGAGCCAGCUGGAGGCCCCCAGAGCCCAACUGUUUUCCCCACCGACUUACCAGUGUUCGACUUCAAAGCGCAGCCUCCUUGCGCCACAGGAGCCUCGACGAGGAACCCUUUAGACAGCGACGACGAUGAUUACUACGACAACGAGAUUCUGCCCUUUUACGAAGCAGCUGAACCAAAGCCUGACGCCAGAGCGGAGGCUGCAGGGCCGCAGGAUGCAGGGCAGGUAGGUGAUGGCGACAGCGCCCAGGAAACAGACAGACUCAGAACACAGCUGCAAGAGGCCUAUUAUCUCCUCAUAAACGCUAUGAAUGACAUGAGCCUGGACGUGCAGGAGGUUAGCGGGCGUUUGGCUGAGCGGCACGCCGUCUCUUCGUGCAGCAGCCGUUCACGGGACAGCCUGUGCUCCAGGCUCUCCGCCAAAAACACCGACAGCGACUCCUGGUCCUCAGGAGGUAACCGCAGCUCGCAGCAGCUGUCUGACGCCGAGUCCCUCCUGCUCUGCCUCACCGGGAAGCCGGACUCAAGGGCGAGGCUGAUCAGCAAGAGCAUGUCCGGCUUGGCACCGGCCAAAAGGCCCACGUUACAGCGAUCCGCCAGCGACGGAGUUAUCAGGUAUCGAGGCCCGCCGUCGUCCUGCGCCCAGGCCAGACGGGGAAGCGCAGAAGGCCAUCACGACGAAGGAGGUUUUGAUUCAAGAGAAGGCGAAGGGGCUGAAGUCUCAAAAGCAGAAGCUGAAGACGGCGAGCCGCUGAACGAGAGCGGCGGCUCGGUCAACAGCCUCGCAGGUUCCACAGACAGCAACAGCGAAGCAGCAGCAGCAGCAUCAGCAGCAGCUCUCCGGGGUCAGGAGAGCAAGCAGGAGCAGGCCGCGGGCCGGGCACAGGCGGUGCGCUCGGUCAGCAAAGGCCACGGCGUCACCGUGAACAAGAUGCAAGAGUGGAUGCACAAGGGUCGCCUGCUGUCGACGGAGAUGAAGCAGCGCAUCGAGGGUUCACCUUUACCCCUGGGUGGAGGCCCGGGCCCGGACUGCUCCUCCCCUCAGCCUAACCUCGCCGGCUGCAAACCAGGGGUCCAGGUUCGAGGGAGUAAAACAGUCAAGGCUAAGUCGUCUACAGCCAAGCCAGCGAGACAGCAGCCAGCUUUCAUUGAGAAUUUCCAAGCCCCGUGCGCUACGGGAAGAGAGGCGGGCAGGCCGACCAACGAGCCUUCGUCAUGGAGCCCGCAGCUCACCACCACCAUCACCGUGUCCAAAAAGCGCAACUGGCUGCAGCAGAGCUCCCAGCCAAAGAGUCACUGCGCCAAGGAUGAGCUGCAAGGGAUGCUGGGAGCUGAGGAAGGCGGCCAGGGCUCCAAUCAGCUGCCUCUUCCUCCCAGUCCCUCGCCAGAAUUUGUGAGAUCCACCGGUGGAGCACCGCCGCGGCCGGCUCUCCUGCAGAUUCCUCAGGUGGUUGUUGGUCAGCAUAAAGCCUCUCCCUAUCCCCGGAGCGUGGACCCGUCCGAGGAGAACGACGCCGAUGACGAGGGGGAGAUUUGGUACAACCCGAUCCCAGAGGACGACGAACUGGAGAUCUCCCGCCGGCCGUCCGUGCGGCUGGUCGUCCCACCUCCGGGCGAAGCGCCGAGGAGGCCCGGCAGGGGAGUGGAGGUGCUUCAGGACGGCUGGACCGGGGAGGGUCCCGGCGGACAGGACGCUGUUGAGGAAGGUCCUGGUGGUGGUUCUGGAGAUUUGAGUCAAGGGAAUGCCGCACAUUCCGCGGAGGCGCUACAUCUGCACAGACAGAUGCUUGCGUGCAAACAUCCAGAGGAAGGGGGGCCCUCCUUGAGCAGACCAACAGAUGGACCUGACCUGCUCAAUGUUGUCAGCUUCUCACCUCCCUCCAGCCCCAACCCAACCAAGAAGAGCAGCUCCAUCAACUGGUCUUUCCCAGACAAGAUCAAGUCCCCACGUACAGUCAGGAAAAUUUCCAUGAAGAUGAAGAAGCUCCCCGAACUUAGUCGAAAACUCAGCGUCAAAGGGACCAUAAACAGCAGCGCAAGUAGCAAUGGAAGCAAUCAGCUAGAGCCACGGUCCCAUUCUCCCCGGGCCAACGGUAGCGGGUCGGAGGCUGUCAACCAGACUUCGGGCCCUCCUCGGUUAGCUCCGUCUGUAGGCGGGCCUGCGAGCCGCAACGUGAUCUCGCGGUACCAUCUGGACAGCAGCGUUUCAACACAGCACAGCUUCAACAAGAAGAAAAGCAAUGGCAGCUCAAAGUCGGCCAGCAAAGGUGGCUACCUCAGUGACGGUGACUCACCAGAGCUGGUUGCCAAAUCUGGCAAACACGGAUCUGCUGAGGGGAAGGGUGGGAAAGGCAAGGAGGUUGAAGGCGGAACUUCUAGACCUAAUGGCACCGAACUGGACAUUGAUGCUUUCCGUCAUUACAGCUUCACAGACCAGCCGAAGUGCAGCCAGUACAUCUCUGGACUCAUGAGUCUCCAUUUUUAUGGCGCUGAGGACCUCAAACCUCCACGCAUUGACUCACGAGAUGUUUACUGUGCAAUCCAGGUUGACUCGGUUAAUAAAGCACGAACUGCUCUCCUUACUUGUCGAACGUCCUUCCUGGAUAUGGAUCAUACCUUUAACAUUGAGCUGGAGAACGCCCAGCACCUCAAGCUGGUGGUGUUCAGUUGGGAACCCACGCCGAAGCGGAACCGCGUGUGCUGCCACGGAACGGUGGUGCUGCCCGCGCUCUUCAGAGUGACGCGUACCCACCAGCUGGCGGUGAAGCUGGAGCCGCGGGGGCUGAUCUACGUCAAGCUUAACCUCAUGGAACAGUGGAAGAACUCGCUGGAUGGUGGACCGGAUGGAGACAGGGAGCCGCAGGUGUUUGGAGUGGAGGCCUGGCGGGUCGUGGAGCGAGAGAACACCGGGCUGAUGGUGCCGCUGAUCAUAUGGAAGUGCAUCAAUGAGAUCGAGAGAAGAGGCUGCCAGGUGGUGGGUCUCUAUCGCCUGUGCGGCUCUGCAGCGGUAAAAAAGGAGCUGCGCGAGGCCUUCGAGAGAGACAGCCGAGGCGCGGAGCUGUGCGAGAGCAUGUAUCCCGACAUCAAUGUCAUCACAGGAGUGCUGAAGGACUACCUGCGUGAGCUCCCCUACCCGCUGAUCACCAAGCAGCUGUACGAGGCAGUGCUGGACACCAUGGCCACCAGGCCUCUGAAGAUGGGGGCUGCGGGGUGCGAGAACGACCAGGCAGACUCCGACUUUACCGUCAGCCUGCUGGAAAUCCUGCCGGAGGUGGAGAGGAUGACUUUGCGGAAGCUGCUCGACCACUUGAAGCUGGUGGCGUCCUACCAGGAGAUGAACAAGAUGACGUGCCAGAACCUGGCGGUGUGUUUUGGCCCGGUGCUGCUCAGCCAGCGUCAGGAGGCGUCCUGCCACAGCAACCGCGUCUUCAUCGACUCGGAGGAGCUGGCGAGCGCGCUGCACUUCAAAAAGCACAUUGAAGUCCUGCACUACCUGCUGCAGCUCUGGCCAGUUGUGGACCCAAAUGACCCGCCCUCCAAUCGCUCCCCUGCAGCCUAUUUGGCUCCGGCCUCCUUCGACCUUCUGUCAGCCCCUCCUCUGAGACGUAGAAAAGAGCGCCCCCAGUUUCUGAACCUCAGCGAAGCAGAGAUGGCAGGCGUCCUGCGGCCCAAACCGGGCCGUCUGGACAGCCCCAGCAACAGGUAUGCUGGUGACUGGAGCAGGUGCGGCGAAAGUUAUUUCCCCUCUGAAAUGCUGCUGCCUCCCAGCAAAGAAGAGGCGGACUACGACGACGUGCCCUCUGAGGAUACAGACGCGGCUGAGGAGGUCCACGAGAAGGACACGACAGAAGAAGACGAGGAGAAGGCCACAAGUCCUGUGUUUGAUCCUGUCGUGGAGGAAGAAUCUCUAAGAGAGGAUUUGGUGCGAAAGCCGGACGGAAAGGCGGAGGAGGAGAAAGAAAGGAAGAGUGAUUGCUUAAACAACAGGCAGGCUUUUGAAGAGGCAGAGGAGAAAGUGUUUAACCACAUCCUGCCAGCUCGGCUGCCUAAGGAGCAUACUUACCAGGCCUACAUGAAAAUCCAGGACAUCAGUCCUGUUCUGAGUAACAGAGUGAACCUGAGAGACCUGCAAGAGAGCAUCGACACUCUCAUAGGAAACCUGGAACGAGAGCUCAACAAGAACAAGCUCAACGUUGGAUACUGACUACUACACAGGCACAUACACAUCCAUUUGUAGACUCACACACACACGAGGUUUGAGAAGGACCUGCUUUCCUGAUCAGGGUGCUUCACAAGCAGCUACAGUGUUUCCACAGGGAUCCUGUGGCUUGUGGUGCUGCUGUAUUAAGUUACAAGGUGAAAGGAGGAGAAGCGAAACAGGGCACCUCUAGAAUUUCUACCUUACCCACAGACAUUCCAUAAAGUUUUGUUUCUUUGGUUUUUUUCGUGCGUCCCGGAUCAUGUUGUGUCUGUCGGUUUGUAUAAUUCCUGUUCUGUGUUCCAUAUUGUUAUUGUUGCUUUUCUUCUUAUUAGAAGAACCCAUUGACCCCUCGAGGGUUUAAAAGGUGCCUUAAUUGUGUGAAGGUGGUCCGUCAAGAGGAUAAUCCACCCUGAAAGAAAAUACGUUGUUUCCUGAAAGUUUGAACAAACAAAACACUUUCCAAUUUAGUAGUCACCAGUUCCACUAAAAAGUUAAUGUGUUUCUUUUUCAUUUAUAGCAGGUACCCUUUGCACUAUGUGCUCCACAAGCUAGUGAAACAAUUUUAUGAAACAAUUUACAAACUGAACACGGUCUUGAUGCUCUCAGCUCAUCCUUGUGUCUGAACCAAUGUGUCAGUUUUACAUUUAAUGCAACCUUGUUUCAAGUUGAUAAAGUUGGCUGGCUGUUGUAGCUUGCCGCUAUUAAAUUCGAUCUGGUUUUGGAGUUGUUAACAAACAGGAAAUACUGACUAUUUAAUUCUAUUGGAAUGGAAUACAGACCGGUCUUAAUAUCAAGACCCAAGUUUUUGUGUCAAUGUUUGCAACAAAUCAAAGUUUUGAACAAACCAGUUUUUAGGAGACACAUGUCAACAUCUUUUGUUAAAGUGGAUUUCCUUUUUAAGGCAACGGAGAGCUUUUCUGUCUAGGUAUUAAAAUAUACAACAAUAAUGCACUUAUUAGGCAGGUAGUGAUGUAGAUUAUCAUACUUUAUGGCGAUAAAAUAAAUCUGGCUGUGAUCUGAAUGCAGUGAGAAAAUGGACUACCUGAAAACUCCUGUUAAAGAUAAAAAAUAAACAUUAAUUUAUUUAUCUUACAAGCAACUAAAUGUUAAAUGCUAAGUUCACAUAUUGAAUUAGCUCUUAGAUGGGAGCUUUGACACCCUCUUUGGUAGCUAAAAAUAAGGUGCAGUAAGAGAGAAGAUAGUGUUACUUGGCUUAUUUUAGCUUAGCAUAAAAGCUAGCACUGGCUAACCUAGCUUUGUAAAAACAAAAGCUACAUUUUCUUUGUUAUGAUGUUUUUCUGCUUAUCUAAAAUAGGAAAGACAUGGUCGUGACGUGUAUCUUCUCAUCUACAGCAACAGAUAAUGUUGAUAUUUGGCCAAUUGUUGCGGUAAGAGAGAAAUCAGCUUAGCUUAUUUUAGCUUAGCAUGAAGACUCAAGCUAGCUAGUCCGUCUUUGGAACAAACAACCCUUUCUUUAUGUGUUCCUAAAACAAGCUAAAAUGAAUGUGGGGUUGCUCCUCUAUUCUAUAACAGAAGACCAUAAGCUAAAUAGUUAAACAGAUGAUGACAUCAUUUUUCUUUACUGAAAUUUAUGAGGCCUCAUCCAGUUAGCAUCUGUUACCUUGCUGUCUAAAGCAACAAAGGAGAUUUUCAGCAAUCCAGGGAUUCAGAGUGAUCAGUAUUUAAUCUAAAUGGAUAUGUAUAUAAUUAUAUAAAUGUAUUUGGAAUAUAUUAUUUUUACAUCCUAUAUUUCAAUGGCGUAUUUAAAAAAACAAACAUCUGAUGACCUUGUAGUGUUGACAACAGUCAUGUAAAUCUCCCUUUGAGCUACAUGUACACAUCUUAAUGUGCUGGUCUAAUGAUUCAACUUUAGCUGUAAAAUAUAAACUCAUGCUAUUGGUAUUGUUAUUAUGUUGUGUAUAUAUUUGGGCAAAUUUGUGUCUGGCGGACUAAGCUGUGUUCAUGACUUUUGAUGUUUUUUAUGGUACUGAACGUUGCAUGGUCAAAAGCUUUACCAACAUAAACAAGGCUCUGUCUCAUCUGCCAUUGAAUUUCAUAUUUAUGUGUAAAAUAAGACUAUUUUAUAAUGUAUGCAUAUUUGUUUGACCACUUGUUACUUAGAUAAACUGAUGAUUGCAUUAAAUUUUCUUCCAAAGGAC